UUGCUUGUGACACGGACCCCUCUUUCACACACGCAUCCAUCACUGAAGAAAAAGCACACCAAGGGAGACAUAGCAGUGCAGUAGAAGGAAAAGGGAGCAGACUUUUUCGCCCAUUCCCUUUUCCGACUCUCAUAUAUCCUCUCUGCUUUCUGAGACGAGGUGGGAGACUUGGACGCAUUGAUGCCUUCCCGUCCGCCGCCGGCGGCGGAACCGCCGGGUCCCCACCGGACCAACCACAACCACCACCAUCACCACCACCGCCACGUCAUUCCCAUAGCGGCCAUCGGAGGUGCCGCCGUCGUCCUGACCGUCACCCUGGUGGUGCUCCUCUAUCGCCGUUUCGCCCGUGGCAGCCCCACCCCCACCGCCCCUUCGCCCCCGCCGCCCCCCGCUGGCCCGCUCCGUCGGUUUACCUACGCCCAGCUCCGGCGCGCCACCGCCUCCUUCGCCCCUUCUCUCCGCCUCGGACAGGGCGGCUUCGGCCCCGUCUUCCGCGGCGCCCUCCCGUCCGGCGAGGAGGUCGCCGUCAAGCUCAUGGACUCUUGCGGUUCCCUCCAGGGUGAGCGCGAGUUCCACAACGAGCUCGCUCUCGCCGCCAAUAUCCUCGCUGUCCCAUCCUACGCCGCCGCCGUCGUCCCGACCAUCGGCUUCUGCUCCGACGACGAUGGCCGACACCGGCGUUGGUGGCCUUGGUGGAGGCGGCGGGAGGCAGAAGAGCCACUGGAGCUCUCGGAAGCCGCCGCUGCCGCCGCGCCGCCCGGUCGGAAGCUUCUCCUGGUCUACGAGCUGAUGCACAACGGAAGCCUCCAGGACGCGCUGUUGGACCGCCGGUGCCCGGAGCUGAUGGACUGGCAGCGGCGGUUCGCGGUGGUGCUCGACGUCGCCCGCGGCCUCCACUUCCUCCACGCUGUCUGCGAUCCAGCGGUGAUACACGGCGAUAUCAAGCCUAGCAACAUCCUCCUUGACGCUCACCUCUCGGCCAAGAUCGGCGACUUCGGCCUCGCCCGGCUUAGAUCCACCGCGACGGAGGAUCACCUCCCUACCGAGGAGGAAAUCAAAGUCGACAUCGAUCUAGACAAGCACGCGGUGAACGAUUCGAAAACGUCAGGAAAGGAGAGAAAGAAAGACUCGGUGACCGUAGGAGGGCAGGAUGACGCCUCGGCCGUGACCAUGGGAGAGACGGCGGAGAGCAUAACAACGACUACGACUGGGUUCGAGGAGCAAACUCCGAACGCUGGGGCGAAUGGCAUCGCCACCACCGACAGAUCGGCGGAGGAAGAUGAGGAUUUCAUGGUGGCAUCGCCAGCUACCGCCGUGGACGUGGCCUCGGUUUCCGAGGCAGGAGCAGGCUUCGAUAGAGUAAGCGUCGAUAGUGGGAAGGACGCUUCCGCGUCGCGGAAGGGAUGCGGCAAAAAGAAGGCCGGUGCUUCCUCGGGCAAGGACUGGUGGUGGAGGCAGGACAUCAAUGGCGGAGGACCAAACUCCGAGUCCGGAGGCAGCGUGAAGGACUAUGUGAUGGAAUGGAUUCGAUCAGAGAUCAAGAAGGAGAGGCCGAAGAGCGACUGGGUUACGGCCUCGACGGCCACUGCCGUUGAGGAGUGCUUGCCUAAGCCGUCCAACGGUGGGAGAUCAGAGCGGAAGAAGAGUCAUCGAAGGAUGGAGUGGUGGGCCUCAUUGGACGAGGAGAAGCCGAAGAAGAAAGAGAAGAGCCGGCCCGCUAGGGAGUGGUGGCGGGAGGAGUUCUGUGAGGAGCUGAUGAAGAAACAGAAGCGGCAGCCAAUGGCCAAGUCCAAGAGCAGCCAUGAAUGGUGGCAGAACGAUGAUGACUUUGCUUCACCUUCCGAGAAGAGUAAUAGGAGGAAGAAGAAUAGGAGCUAUAGCCGUGGUAGUCGCAGCAGUAUAGAUUGGUGGAUGGAUCGAAUUAGUGGGGAGAUCAGGCCAACCGGAAGGAGAAGUAGCCGGGACUGGGCUAGCGGGGAUAUCCCAAAGAGUGGAACAGUGAGCAGCACCCCAAGCAUGAGGGGCACUGUCUGCUAUGUUGCUCCUGAGUACGGUGGUGGGGGGCCGCUUUCAGAGAAGUGCGAUGUUUAUAGUUUUGGUGUUCUUCUGUUGGUUAUAAUCUCAGGCAGGCGACCGCUGCAAGUGACAGCCUCGCCCAUGUCAGAGUUUGAGCGAGCAAACCUCAUCUCGUGGGCUCGACAUCUUGCCCAUUUGGGAAGGCUUCUGGAGCUUGCUGAUCCCUGCCUCCGGUGUGUGGACAAAGAGCAAGCUCUUCUCUGCGUCACGGUUGCACUGCUCUGUCUGCAGAGAUCUCCAGCUCGUCGCCCCUCCAGCAAGGAAAUAUUGGGUAUGCUUACUGGUGAAUCAGAGCCUCCACACCUCCCGCUUGAAUUCUCACCAUCACCACCAGGUGGGUUUUCAUUCAAAUCGCGGAAGAAGGCUCGGUGAGUUUAGACUUAUUUCAGCAUGACCAUUUAGCUACAUAUAGUGUCGAUUGUACAUUUUAGAAUUCCAUUUAUUUGGAGUUGGAUGUAGAAAAGUCUGAAGAGAAAGUUCUAUUUCGAUUAUGAAAGAUUGAUCCACAUAAUUGAAAUAUGAACCUGAUGGAAGGGAGUGCUCUGAAACAAUUGUCACCGUAUCUGGCUGGUAUCAGAACCUCAUGCAUAACUUACUAGAAACUCCUGCCAAUAAAGGUUCCUAUGAUUCUGCCAGAUCUUUUGCUUGUCUUUCUUUUAGACAUGCAUGAUGGUAGUGCUUUCUGGGCCAUGUGAACUUUUCUGUCUCUUCAUUUUUUUUCAGUUCAUGCAACUUUUGGUAAAGUAACCCAAGCUCUGGCCCAUUUGUACCAUGCCUUUUUGCAUCAACCUUUUGUAAUAAAGGGAAAUAAGAUCUCGAAGAUCAUCUUACUUCUUUCUUUUGCAAAUUUAAAUGCCUUGUCAAGUUCUUUAUUACUCGUGUCAACAAGUAACCUAACUUCCAACUAUCCAUGCAUUUUAAAAUGGAUUCACCUUUUUCUUUUAUGUGCCCUGGUUGUUUGGUUUCAUCAAACUCUUCUGCUAGCAUGAGAUGGCCUUGGUACCUGGUCUUCCAAAGAGAUGUUACUGACAGUCCCAGGAUCCAUAUCCAAGAGACAAUCUGUAUGAGAAGAGCAGAGAACAUGUGUACAGGGCCAGAUACUUUUGAAACUGGUUAAAAGAGAGUUUAGAAGUCAUGCCAUAUAUUUUACAUAGACAGUAGUCUAAUCGAAGAUCCAUGGCCAAUACAGUUUUAUGGAACUGUAAUAUUAUAAUUUAUGGCAAGACUUUUCUAAGUUCCCCCAACCUCCAUCUAACCAAUAUAAUGAUGGUCCAUUGAAUGGACAUUUUUUUUAUUGGAGGUCUGUGAAUGACAUUGACUAGAUUCUGUCAGCUAGUUGAUGUACUCUUUUUCAUAUAUUGGCAUCUUGAACAGGAAUCAGGCAAAAAAUAGUAUUCAAUUCAGGAAAUGGGAUUACUGCAAUUACAUCUCUUAAAUCUUUAUUUAUAGUCUUGGGCUAUAAUAAAGAAAUUGCAUGUCAACUUGGUAUUGUUGUCUCGAAGGCAAGGCAUCUUAUGGGAUUGUUGGUAUGAGUAUUUUAUUCCUUGAAAAUUCAUAGCAGAUGCAGGUAUGUUAAUCCUUUUUUUAAUUGAAUAUAACUCUAUUGCUGGACAGUACUUGUUGUUUCUGCAAGCUAGAAUCCUUUAUUUAAUUUCUGAUACUGAGAUAUGAUGGAAAUUUUGAAGACAUUGAGGAAUAUGUUAGUCAAUAGAAUUCACUCUACAAGAAUUUGCUACUGAUUAUAUGACUACCAAAAAGCUGAAGGCCCUUUCCGAUAUUUCUCUUUUUUUCUCUUACAUUUCUUAUGUGUAGUAAUUAGCUGUUAGUGCAUUCUGUCCCAUGGUGAAAUUUGUCUUGUACUUCAGGUAGAAUUUAAGCUUGGGUAGCCAUUUAGAAGAUAUUUUUUCAUCCAUUUUCUGGACCCGAUGCAUGCUUUUAUGUAUAUCUUUGCUUGCCAUUCUGCAAAAGAAAUAUGUUAUUGAUUGUGCUGUUAUGGCCUAAUGUUUCAAGUCUCUGAUCUAGCCAGUGAUACAGCAUAUCUAUUAUUUUCUUAAAAUUUAAUAGGCCAUUAAUGACUAGCUGUUACAGGAUAAUAUGACAUAGCAAGCUCCAGGCUUGAUUAAGAUUGUCCUUUAUGUUGAGUCUUAUCUAGUCUAGUCUAGAACAUGCAUGCUGUGACUUGCUACUACACUGCAAGCAAUGAAGCUGAAAAUAGAACAGAGGCACUUUUAUUGCGUUAUUUCAACUAUCACAAUGGUACUAGACAUAAGAAAAUUAUGUUAUAAUAUUAUUAUGCAUCCUAUAUUUUCUAAGGUAGCUUCAUUUCUUUUGUCUUUUACAUAUUUUGUCACUUUUUUCUUAUUCUGCAUUGAUGUGCUCCACUUUAGCUAUAAAUCUUCCUGUAAGUGUCACUUAAAGUGAUAUUUUUGACAUCAACCUCUUGCUGGCAAACAAGGAGGGCUUUAAUUGAUGGUUUGGAAGUAUUAUGAGUUGAAAUAGUUGUCUGGUUUUUUAUCAUCAUCAGUUGUUAGAAAAGAUAUAACCUGGACACCUAGCGCUUGAUAAAAGGCCAAUAGAAUCAAAACUCUUUUAGAUAAGGAAUAGGCAUGGGGAUAAACAGGAAGAUCUAAUGAUUGCAUACUCAUCCUUUUUAAACUAUUUGUGCAUUAGGCUGGUUAAGUGUUGUCAAACUGGUAUGUUAUUUGCAGGGUGACCUUGCUGGAAGAGUAAGAGAUAUCAGAUGUAGUCACUUUGUGGCCAUUCCAAGCCACCUUUCUAUCCUUAAAUGUCAGUACAGACAAUCUAUGUAAACCUAUUCUUGGUAAAUUUCUGCUGCAGCUCUGCAUGCAACGAAGUUCCAGUUUGUGCUAUACUUGUCAAAGAAUAUGAUGGGCAUCAAUUCUGUACAGUUAUUUGGAAGUUCCAGUAUGUACUAUACUUAACAUUGACCAAGGAUUGCCUUUUCGGGCACCAGACCCGUUUUGGCAAUCUAUCGGACCAGUAUGUACUAGUCGGUAUUGGUAUACUGACACAUGAUAUGCCAGUACAUACUGGUGUUUUGACGAAGAAGAAAAAGAGGGUGAAGAGGAAGGGGCGGUGGAGGAAUAGAGGAGGAAGAAGGAAGAAGAAGAAAGAAGAGGGGUGAGGAGAAGAAGCAGUUGCAGUGUACCUGGGAAACAGUGGCAAAGUGGUAGUGGCAAGGUGAAAGUGGAAGCGGCAGCGGCAGCGGCAGCGGUAGCGGUGAGGGCAGCAGCAUCGUACGUGAGAAGAGGGCUCGUGUUCGCAAGUCUUUAAUUGUUUUUCGUUUUUUUUAAUACUGAGUUGGAUAGGGGCUUUUUUGAUUUUUUAUUAUUUUAACCGGAUCACUCGAAAUAGGGGUGGUCUGCAUAUUGGCCUACGCCUAAAUCGGCAUGUAAUGUUUCUGGUGGUACACCAGUCCAUGUUAAUGACUGCUAUCUAGGUUUUGAGUCAUCUUCCUGGGGCACACGUGCAAAGUGAUUAUUACUGGCGAACUUCACCAAGACAUAUCAGAGGUAAGAACUUGUUCAGUAUCAUUCAUGUUAAUUUCCAAAGAUCUAACACAGAUGAAGGAUUCUCUUCGUCUCUUUCUUGGCUAAACCUGCAUGUAAAACCUUACUGAAUGGCUGAAGACUUUUCUUUUGAGCUACGUGUUUGUACAUUUACAUGAUCUGUUUUACCUUUUCCAGGAAUCAUGGUACAAAUUGCAUUUCUAAUGUAGUGAUUUAUACUUUGCCUAUUGGUGAAUAUUUUGCAUUAUUUAGCCGGCACAUAUCUUACAGAGUUGUUCUGGAGCAGGGUGGACAACCAUUGGGUGAAACCAUUGGAAGGUGAAGUCUGAGGAAGAUGCAGCCGAAUUCAUGAAGAACAUCAAAUGGUGAUGAUCCGAUUUCUCAAGUCUAUUUCUUCAUCAAUUGUGUUAGGUGAAGAUCAAGUCUUGUAGUUACCAAGUUUAAGAAUUUAAUAUUGAAGUUUUCA